UCGCUAAAAAAAGUUUCAAACCCUCCCCCCCUCCAAAAAAAAUGUCUGUCUUUGGUCCUGGUACUAGAAAUAUGUGUGUGUGUGUGUGUGUGUGUGUGUGUGUGUGUAACUAUUUUCAUGGGUGAAAUUGUUUGAAGACAAAUUGAUAGCAUGAUUUUAAUUUUCCCUAGAGUUUCCUGAAGAAACCAAAAGAAUGCUACAAUGAAGAACAACAGCACAACAGUGAAAGAAUUUAUUCUUCUGGGCCUGUCACAAAAUCCCAGAAUGCAGACCUUUCUCUUCUUUCUAUUCCUUUGUAUCUAUAUCACAACCUGGCUUGGUAAUCUCACAAUUAUUAUUACAGUGAUCAUCACACCCAGUCUCCAUACACCCAUGUACUUUAUGUUAGCUAAUUUGGCCAUCAUAGACAUAAGUGAAUCAACUGUCACAUCACUCAAAUUGUUAUGGGACCUUCUCUCCCAUACUCAUAGUAUCACAUACAAUGGGUGUGUUUCACAGGUUUUUUUCUUUCAUUUAACAGGGGGUGCUGUGGUCUUCUUGCUAGUUGUCAUGGCUGUUGACAGAUAUAUAGCGAUUUACAAGCCACUACAAUACAUGGUGAUCAUGAAUCCAAGAGUUUGUAUACGUUUGGUAGUAGGAACAUGGUUAGGAGGCUUUGCUCAUUCCAUUGUUCAGACCAUCAUUCUUAUUCAAUUACCCUUCUGUGAAUCCAAUAUUCUGGAUCAUUUUUACUGCGAUGUCCCGCAGCUCAUUAAGUUAGCAUGUAUUGAUACACACAUCAUAGAAAUCCUUAUGGUUUGUAAUAGUGGACUGCUCUUGACAUUAAUCUUCUUCACUUUACUUGUGUCCUACACUGUUAUACUGGUGAAGAUAAGAACACAUGUUGCAGAAGGACGACACAAAGCUCUCUCCACUUGUGCUGCUCAGAUUUUAGUUAUGAGUUUAAAUUUUGUACCAGGGAUGUUUAUUUAUGAUCGACCUUUCAAGUUAUUUCCUGAAGACAAGUUUGCUUCAGUCCUUUAUAGCCUUUUGACACCGAUGCUGAAUUCAGUGAUCUUCACUUUACGCAAUUCAGAAAUGAAAAACAACAUUAAAAAAUUAAUGAAAAAAGCCUCCAUCACACACAAAAAGGAACCACCAUAAUACAUUCAUCACACAGACAGUGACAUUAAUCAUAUGAUAACUUGAAGUAGCUAUUUUUGCAGUUUUCAUUAAUGUUGUGUGUAUCUUCAAGCCAUUUCUGCCUUAGGGGGACCCUAAGAUGUAUAUAUCACAAGGUUUUCUAAACAAGAUUUGUUCAGAAAGGGGUUGCCAUUGUCUUCAUCUGAGACUGAAAUAGUGUGAUAUGGCCAAGGUCACCCAGGAAGUUUCCAGUGCUGAGUGGGGAUUUGAACCCGUCUCCAGAGUGAUAGAAUGCCCAGACCAUUAUUGAUAGGAUUAAAAGCUUGAAUGUAUUUGUGAUGAGAAAUUAUUUGUACCCCAUGUUUGUUUUCUUACCAAAAGGAAUCCUUAUGUUCACAGGAUCUCAGUCAAGCAUUUAAUAGUGGUAGGUCCAUUUGCUGACAAGAAGAGACCAUGCCUUUCAAAAGAUAAUUGCUCAAUUUUUUUUACUUUCCUUUUAUUAAGAAAUCAUCUUUUCCCAAAAGGUUAAAAUAUGUAUUUCAGG